GCCACGUCUAGUAUUUCUCUUCUUUCUCGGAGCUUUGAUUCCAUUUUUUUCAGUGAAUUCCUCAUUCAAUCCGGUGUCAAAGCGUGAACUUUUAUGGCCUUUUCUUCGUCGUGAUUCUUUCAAUCUGCUCUGUGAAUGAUGGAUGAUGAUCAAUUUAUUUCGGACUUUGGGUUCUUUCCAGAUGAGGUAAUCCUUCUCAUUCUAUCAAGAUUACCUGUAAAAUCCCUUUUCAGAAUCAAAUGCGUUUGCAAAUCAUGGUACAAAUUUGCUUCCACUGAUUAUUUCAAGCGCCUCUAUAAUGAUGUCUCUGCUAAGAACCCUAUGGUGCUCGCUGAGCCCACCGAAUCAAGUUUGAUUUUUGUUGAUAAUUUAAGGGGUGUUUAUGAUCUAUCUCUGGAUUUUAUUGGGGAUAGAGUAAGAGUUAGAGCAUCUUGUUUUGGAUUAUUGGUUUGCUCUAGCAUUCCUGAAAAGGGUGUUUAUUAUGUGUGUAAUCCAAUGACUAGGGAGUUUAAAUUGCUUCCCAGGAUUAGGGAGAAUAGGCCCAUUACCCGGUUUCAUCCUGAUGGUGAAGCUACUCUUGUUGGUCUGGCUCGCUGUAUGUAUUCCCAGAAGUAUAAUGUUGUGUUAGCUGGUUACCAUAGGUCGUUUGGGCAUAGGCCGGAUCGGAAUUUUGUUUGUUUGGUCUAUGAUUCUGAGUCAAAUAAGUGGAGAAAGUUUGUAACUUUACAGGAUGAUCGGUUUACACAUAUGAAUAAGAACCAAGUCGUGUUUAUAAACGGGGCAUUGCAUUGGUUGACGGAGAGUUGUGCUUGUUUGCUUGUUUUGGAUUUGAAAUGCGAUGGGUGGAGGAAAAUAGGUUUACCUGAUGAGGUGGCAGGAUCUGUAGCUGGGAACCGGAUUUAUUUGUUGGAGUCGGACGGGUGUUUGUCCGUGAUUCAGAUAUCCGAGGCUUGGAUGAAUAUUUGGGUAAUGAAUGAUUAUGAGAAAGAAGAAUGGUGUAUGGUUGAUAGGGUUAGUCUUCGGUGCAUUAGAGGAAUGGUUCCCGGCGUAUUUCCAAUAAGCCAGACAGGCCGAUAUGUUUUUCUAGCAACUCAUAAACAUGUUUUGGUGUACCAUAGAGAUAGUAAACUGUGGAAAGAGAUGUACUCUGUGAAGAACAACUCCACAUUUCCGUUAUGGUUCUCUGCUCAUGCCUUUCGAAGCACCAUUUUUUCGUGCCAUUAAGGUCUUGGUCUUGGACCGGGUACGGUUGCUUUAGGAAUGUACCCAUUGUGUACAUAAUGUCGGAAAAGGUAUUUUAUUUCUCUCCGUCUGGGGAAAAAUGGGAUAGUGUUGAUAACUUAUGGUGCCGUAUAUGUCUAGUAUUAUGAAUGAUGAAUUCUUCUUUGAUGAUCUAUCUGUUUAAUGGUGUAAAUUUUACCUUGUGUUUGAUGAGUUGGAGAAAGGCAAAUUUUACCUUGUGUUUGAUGAGUUGGAGAAAGGCAGUUACCAGUGAGAGGUUAGAACUAUGCAGUUCACCAUCCAAACUAAUUUAUGUAUACCAGAAUUCUUUCAAGAAUAUGACACUACAGGUGUAUGGCAUCUCCUAUAGAUGCAGUGUUUAGUAAUAUAGAUUGCAAUAUUUUCUAUUGAGAACUUCCAGGAGAAGGUUGUUUCGCUUCAUGAUAUUGAUCUGUUCAUGUUCGUAGUGGUUUUUCCUAAAGAACCUUGUCUCGGCAUUCUGUUUCCUCUCUUCCUGCUUUUCACCCCAUCAGAUUUUCGCAUUUUGUUGUGGGUUUGACUGUGUUACUUUGGCUUUUAGAUUCAUAGUUUUCUCCUGGAUAUGUAGUAAUCUUAGCCCUUUUCGGUCUGUUGUCAUAACUCAUUUUGAUCUUACAACUUCUUUCCAUCCACCGGGAAGCAUGCUAUUGAAGAAGCCGAAUUGUAAUAGUUAUAGCUGUGUAACGAGGCUGUAACCAGCACUAGCAGGAGUGUGGCUUCUGAUAAGGCUAUAUGUUACUAGCAGCAGUGUAGCUUCUGAUAAGGCUAUAUUCUAUGCUUGCAACGCCUUAGAUCAUGGGUUGUUGUUCAUCUUGCCUUUGAUUCAGAUCAACAAGUGUGGGCGUCACAUGAUAACUUCUACAUGCACCGAAGCAGAAAUGUAAAUACUGACGAUCCCCGAAACUGAGCUGGCAAGGUAUAUUUUGCAGAAACUUGCAGCAACUUGUAGAUAGUUCUCUGUUAUUAUGAGUAGGAAUCUAGAUGUAGUAGGUACAACUAUCUACUUGUAUAGGUCAGCGUGUAAACUCUUGUGCAGCUCUGUUUUGUAUUGAACGAAAUUCAUUCUUAGACAUACAGAAAGAAAGAGGCAGUUAUAUAGGGUUUAUACCAGAUCCCAAAUUCAUCUUUCCUUCUGAAUUUGACGAGUUUUAUCAAAUUUUAGACUUUAUAAGUAGGAUACUUCCUCUGUCUCAAAAAAAAUC